AUACGAACGUGGCCCACAGGGUAACAGGUGCAGUGACAUUCCCGUGGAUCUUAGCGUAAACGGGAAGUUUGGAUUAUCUGCAACGUUUAUCCCAUCAAACUGUUAUCUACUGAUUUUGUUUACACGCAAGCCAAUUGGAAAAUAACCAUCUAUGUGAUGUCUGGAAGGAGUUGGGACUAAAGUUCGCGAUUGGGUACUUCACACACCACUGCGAGUGGGGAUUCAAUUGGAGCCACCCCAAUCCCCGAUAUGAGAUCGUGAUUGGAGAGGGAAUAUAAAGGAGAAGAGGUGGACAAAGAGACUCACAACACCCACGCCAUAGAGGUCGGCUUUUCACCAAAUCAACUAGUGUGUCUAAACAAACGUGUUAAUCAUCCUUAGGACUCCAGCCAGACAGUUGGGAUGCACCAACCGACGCCAUGUUCGAAGUGAAGGACUUCAUUUCUCUCUACCAAGUCAUCGGCUCGUGUGAACAGUCCAGAUUGACAGCCACUGAGACCCUGGACGAGUUGGAAUGGUGCUUAGAGCGGUUGGAAAAUAUCCAAACUCAUCGAUCCGUUAGCGACAUGGCAACGAGCAAGUUCCGCAAAAUGCUCAAUAAAGAGCUCAGUCAUUUCACUGAAGGUGGCCGAAAUGCGAAACAAAUCUCCGAGUAUAUAUGCUCAACAUUUCUGGAAUCUAAGGAAGUCGAUGGAGGGAUGCCAUGCACUCAUCCAGGUGAACCACCUUUGUCGGAGGAGGUGACCGGUCCACUUACCGACUCCCAACGAAGUUCCACAACAGAACGAAACAGUGAGAGCAACUCGGUGUCGGAUUCUAGUUCUCAUGGCAAAAUGCAAGGCGAGACUACACACCCAACAGAAGCAACUGGUAACAAACUUGCAGUAUCUGACUCAGUCACUGAGAUGCCCACGCAUCUAUUACCUCACGGAAUAGCGUCCUCACAUCCGGAGCAAUUAAGCAAGCUUUUAUCCACCAAGUUGGAUCUUUGGGGUAUGGAUGCGUUUGAAUUGGGAAAGCUGACCCCGAAUCCUCUCACUUGUGUCUUCUACGCUAUUUUACAGAAACGUGGCCUCAUCAAACGGUUUUGCAUUCCCGAAAUGAAUCUGAUUCGCUAUAUGAAAGUUGUGGAGGAGAAUUAUCACGACGUUCCCUAUCACAACCGAUUGCAUGCAACGGACGUUGUCCAAUCCGCUCAUGUUCUGCUCAGUACACGCUCAGUUGCGACAGUUUUUACCGACCUGGAAGUAUUGUCCGUGCUUUUCGCCUGCGCAAUCCAUGACGUGGAUCACCCUGGAUUAACCAAUCAAUAUUUGAUCAAUACAAAUGAUCAGCUGGCAAUACUGUACAAUGACGCAUCAGUGCUGGAAAACCACCAUUUAGCAGUGGCGUUUCGGCUACUGACCAGACCAGGAUGUGAUCUGUUCGAGAAUAUUCCAAGAAAGCAGCGACUCAGUUUGCGUCGAAUGACGAUCGAUAUGGUCUUGGCCACUGAUAUGUCCAAACAUAUGAGCUUGUUAGCGGACUUGAAGACGAUGGUUGAGACGAAAAGAGUCGCUGGCUCCGGAAUACUCACCCUGGAUAACUACAGUGACAGAAUGCAGAUCUUGCAAAGCAUGAUACACUGCGCUGAUUUGAGCAAUCCGACGAAACCGCUCGAGUUGUACCGAAAGUGGAACGCCAGGAUCAUGGAAGAACACUUCCGUCAAGGGGAUCGAGAACGAGAAAGCGGUCUGGAGCUGAGUCCAAUGUGUGAUCGAACUACGGCUUCCAUCGAGAAGACUCAGGUGAGUUUCAUCGAUUACAUCGCCCAUCCUUUGUGGGAAACUUGGUCAGAAUUGGUUCAUCCUGAUGCCCAACAUAUAUUAGACGCGCUGGAUGAUAACAGAGAGUGGUAUCUCAGUCAAAUCGAAGAGGAAUCUAUCAAACCAUGAGACGCAAGAGCAGCAAAAAAUGGGAUGCAAACCACCGGUCUUGCCAUAUCUCUCCAUUCAGAUAGGACGCCGAAUACAAAAUACACGUUUUCAUUCGUGUCGCUCAACAGCGGCUCAAGACUCAGGACCGCCCCAUACCCCCUAACGAAAACAACGCAUCUAUCAGCGUCGUGCACGGACACCAUUGUUAUUAGCAUCUACAGUGUUGCCCGUAUGGAACAAACCCAGCGGAAAAGAUCUACCGGUAGCUUCGAAAGCUUCUUCUGUUUCCUCUGUACAGUCACUAUAAAGGGACAAACAAAAAACUAGGAAAAAUCGAUGGUCGUACGACGCCAAGCACUACCUUUCCUUAACCCAACAUACCGGAUGACAGCAUACACGUCGCACAAGAUAACAGCAACACCGCAAGGUGACCGUUACGUAAAAAAGCAUACAUAAACGCGCGCACACAUACACACACAAACACAAGAACCCAAUAAACGAGGAGGCAGGAAGAACAUGCUCCUCUAACCAACGCAUUGCCAUUGCAAAUGUUUGUAAAAUUGUUUUGCGGAUGCAAUUUGUUGAUAUCUUUGUUAUCAAAUACUAUGAAAAAUUAUCCGAAAAAAAAACAGAGGAAGACAAUUAGUAUCCGAAUCACGUGGAUGGAGGGGUAAUUCAGGUCACAUGUAAUCCAGGCAACCAGGCAAUGGCUGAUAGCCAUUAUUCAAGAGCAUAUACAAACGGGAUUCGAUGUUGCCGAGUAGAGAGCUGGCACCGAAACGCAAAAAUUCCGGUUGAACCCAUUCCGGCCCCAUGUAGUUCAAAACCAAAGCGAGGUAAUUCACCGCAUCCGCAGCAGUUCGCAGUCCCCCUGCAGGUUUGAAGCCAACCUAGAAACAGAGAGGAAGAAUAAAGAUGAAAUCAUUUUUAUCUGUUUUGGCCAGAAAAGCAUAGCACAAUAUAUAGUUAUUUUUGUACCG